AUGGCCUCGCUAGUGUUCGCUGCUGGGCUUGAUGUCAAGUCUGAGGGAGAACAGGCUAGACCAUCAGUGGCAGACUCUGGCAAGAGAGGCCCUUCGGUGGAAGAACUGGAUUCAAUCGAGCUCGCAGACUACGGCAGUCUCAAUAAGAAGAACUACUCCGCGGCCAUCACUCCGGCCGGUCCUCAAACACCAGCCGAAGCGUAUACGCCAAAAUGGGACACUUCAUCGCACAAGACUCCAGACGAACUGGAGAGGAGCCAGCCACCUACUCCAAAGCAGGACACUGCAGCGUCAGUUAUGCCGAGCUUUUGGUAUCCGAAGAUGAGCAAGUUUCGAGUUCUGGCGUGUUGUCUCAUCUACUUUGGGAACGGCAUGAGUGACAGUGCACCAGGUGCCCUGAUUCCGUACAUCGAAGACUGGUACAACAUCGGCUAUGCCAUCGUCUCGCUCAUCUGGAUCACCAAUGCGGUCGGCUUCAUCCUCGCUGCCUUCUUCACAGACCUGAUCUUGGAAAAGCUGGGGCGCGCCAAGACAUUGAUGGUCUCGGAAGUGUGCAUGAUAGCUGCGUAUGUGGUGAUAGCAUGUUCGCCACCCUUUGCGGUCGUGGUGGUGGCGUACCUGCUGAUGGGCUUCGGGAAUGCUGUCAACCUGGGAUUGAACAACGUCUUCUGCGCCAAUCUGGCCGACUCCACCGUCAUCCUUGGAUUCGCCCAUGGAUCAUACGGAAUCGGUGGCAUCGUCGCCCCCAUCAUGGCCACGGCAAUGGUAUCGGAUGGCGUCCAAUGGGCGCGAUUCUACAUCAUCACCAUCGGGAUCCGGGCGGUCUGCUUCUUUUUCGCAGGCUGGUCAUUCUGGAGCUACGAAAAGGAGGGUACAACACAGUUCGCAAAUAGCCUCCAACAGAUCGCCAGCCGGCAAGCUGCAGAAGAGAUGGGCCAGCCGAGCAAGAUGAAACUCCUUGGUCGAGCGCUGAAAAACAAGACGACGAUUAUCGGCGCCCUUUUCAUCUUUGCUUACCAAGGCGCAGAAGUCUCGGAGUCUGGCUGGUUCAUUUCCUACUUGAUCAACUACAGAAAUGGAGACCCCGCCAAAGUCGGAUACGUGACGGCUGGCUUCUGGGCAGGCAUCACCGUCGGAAGAUUCACUCUCACACACCUGGCGCAUCGCGUGGGCGAGAGGCCUUUCGUGUUUGCGAUGGGUGUUGGCGUGAUAUGUUUCCAGCUGAUGGCAUGGUUCAUACCAAAUAUUGUAGGCGAUGCAGUUUCAGUGGCUAUAUUAGGUCUUCUUCUGGGACCGGUGUAUCCGUGUGCCGCGACAGUCUUCACCAAGCUUCUGCCAGGAAACAUCCAAACCACAGCGAUCAGCUUCAUCAGCAGCAUGGGAUCCAGCGGUGGAGCGAUUGUUCCUUUCCUGACCGGGUUGAUCGCACAGGGGGCUGGAACGUAUGUGUUGCAUCCUAUCUGCAUUGCGGUGUAUGUGGUGAUGCUUGGCUGCUGGACUAUCUUGCCGAGAGUGAGGAAGGUAUCUGCGGAGUAA